AUGGAUGAGCAUCGAGGUCAUGGACGGGGAUCAUACAUAUGGGGCAGGAGCGUCCAUAACACUCGUGUUGAGCGCCUAUGGUACGACUUCACCCGUGGGGUAGGCCAGAAGUGGAAGAACUUUUUCCUUCAGCUCGAACACAACGCCGGUCUCCAUUGUUCGCGCCCUGCACACAUCUGGCUUGUUCACCAUCUCUUUUUGGCAAACAUCAACGUGGAUGUCCAGGACUGGGCCGCAUCCUGGAACAAUCAUUCCCUCCAUGAGCGGCACGUUGCAGACCGCUCCCGCAGCCCUCGCGACCGCUUCAUCUUUGGAAUGAUUGAGAAUGGGCCACGGGGUAUCAGCAAUCACCAGGAACUCCGUGUCCAGCGACGCGAAGCACUCCCUGAUACUGUUGAUGACCCACAGGCCUAUGGGAUCGACUGGGAUGUCCUGGAUGAUCCCAUGCUCAUGGCGCACCAUCUUGCCAACAACCCGGACGAGUGGGAGGCGGCAAACCCAUUCUCUCCAGGGUACACUCGGCCCAGCGAGUUGUCUGUGGUCGAAUGCGAGGCACCAAACUGCCCCUUUACGCCCGCUGAGGUGGCUGCUUUUGAUGCAGAGCUUGCACUCCGCGUUAACCGCACGACUCGGGAUAUGGGGAUUUGCCGCUUAGUGUGGGUGGAGGCUCUUAGGAUAUGCCAGCAGAUGUACACCAUCAAUCCUGAGUAA